UUAUCUCAAUCCGAAAUGGCUGCUAAGUUCGUCAUAGUGCUGGCGCUAGCGGUGGCCACCCAGGCGUCAGUGGUGCCCGUCCCCGUGGCACGCGCAGAUACCAGCAGCUUCGCAUAUGACGUAGCCGACCCUAACACCGGCGACUACAAGAGCCAAGUCGAGACGCGUGUCGGCGGCGUCGUGCAGGGCCAGUACUCGCUGCUGGACGCCGAUGGCACCAAGCGUACCGUCGAUUAUUCCGCUGAUGAUGUCAACGGUUUCAACGCUGUAGUGCGCAAGGAACCUGUUGCUGUCGCUGCGCCUGUUGUGAGCGCGCCUGUUGUCAGCGGGUCUGUAGUCGAAGCCGCUCCCGCUGUGGUUGCCGCGCGCACUGUCGCCGCCCCUGCUGUGUACUCUGCCGCCCCGACCGUGUAUUCUGCUGGUCCGGCCGUAUACUCCGCUGCUCCCGCUUUCCGAACAGUUGCUGCUCCUGCUACUUACGCUGCUCCAGUAGCCUACUCCGGCUACUCUGCUCCUGUUGCUUACUCCAACAGCAUUGCCAGCCCUUAUUACCCUGUUCCUUAUUCUACCUAUUAUUAAUUCCUCCAAACUGGCCUCAUCGAAAAUA